AUGAAACCCGCGCGCCUGGCUCUCCGUCGAUUUGCAGAGCCGCUGGCUCGGCCUGCUCGAAGUAACGGUCUCCGACAAUUUACCACGGUUACCCCUCGCACAUCUCCUGCUGCUGCUGCUGCCGCAAUCCAACCGCAGCACCUUGAUCAACCGUCUUUUCCUAUCCCUGGUUCGAUCCCAGCCAAGCCUAAAGCUUCCGCCGCCGCUCCCGCUCCGAGCCCUAUUCCCGUAGCCGUACCUAAGAAUACCGAGAAUACACUCCGCGAUGCAGUCGCUGCAGCCGAGCCGAGAAAUGACUGGACUAGGGAGGAGAUUACCGCAAUUUAUGACCAUCCAUUGAUGGACUUGGUCCACCAAGCUAGUCUGCUCCACCGACGCUUUCACAAUCCGGCCGAAGUCCAGCUCUGCACUCUUAUGAACAUCAAGACUGGUGGUUGCACCGAAGACUGUUCCUACUGUGCGCAAUCCACACGGUACCAAAAAGGUACCGGCCUAGAAGCGAAAAAGGUCGAAACGGUCGAGACCGUGCUCGCAGCAGCCCGCGCCGCUAAAGCAAAUGGAAGCACACGAUUCUGUAUGGGUGCUGCAUGGCGCGACAUGCGUGGUCGCAAGAAUAGUCUGCGUAAUGUCGCGGCCAUGGUGCGCGGAGUACGGGAGCUCGGUAUGGAGGCCUGUGUAACACUAGGCAUGAUUGACGGAGCACAAGCGGAAGAGCUAGCUGCCGCUGGGUUGACGGCGUAUAAUCAUAACGUCGAUACGAGUCGCGAGUUCUACCCCUCGGUUAUAUCGACGCGAACGUACGACGAGCGAUUACGCACUUUGGGACAUGUGCGCGAUGCCGGGAUUAAUGUAUGCUCGGGAGGUAUCCUAGGGCUAGGCGAGACGGCGCAGGAUCGCGUAGGCUUGCUGCAUACAGUAUCGACGCUACCGAAGCACCCGGAAAGCUUCCCGGUCAAUGCACUCGUGCCGAUUAAGGGUACUCCGCUUGGUGACCGUGAACCAAUUGACUUCACGAGUAUGCUCCGAACCAUCGCAACGGCACGCAUCAUAAUGCCUGCAACUAUAGUCCGAAUCGCGGCCGGUAGGAAGACCAUGUCCGAAGAGAAGCAGGCACUAUGUUUUAUGGCCGGCGCCAACGCGAUUUUCACAGGUGAAAAGAUGUUGACGACGGAAUGCAAUGGUUGGGAUGAGGAUAAAGUCUUGUUUGAACGAUGGGGAUUAGAACCCAUGAAGAGUUUUGACAAAUCUCCACCAGCUUCCAGUACAUAG